GAAAAUCUUAAUAUGAUGUCAAGUCCAUUAUAUACAACAUCUAUCUUGUUAGUUCUUAUCGUGGGAUUUGUUUUCGGAACAGAAAAUUACAUGGACUACGGAGAUGAAAUAUCGGAAAAAUCACCGGCAGAAAAUAUUCGCGAACUUUACAGUCUCCUAAUGCAACGUAAAGCUUUCGAUAAUGUUGGAUAUGGCGAUAUUCCCUUAGAACAUUUAAUGAUCCGUAAAUCACAACGAUCACCCUCUUUGCGACUACGAUUCGGACGUUCGGAUUCCCGA